AUGACAACAGAGCGCGGCGGAGCGGGGAAGGGGCGCCGCGCAGGGGCGCCCCGGACGCCUGUCUCCUCCCCUUCCUCCUCCUCCUCCCCUUCAGCCUCCUGCCUUAAGAGCGGCUGCGUCUCCGAGGGGGGUCCGGAUGCCCGGGGCUCCGGGGUCACGGGCCCCCGACGGCCCUCCGGGGUCACCGGGUCACGGGCGGCGGCCGGCGGCGGCGGCGGCGGCGGCGCAGACAUGGGGGUCUGUUUGCCCAGUUCCAAGGGGGCGAAGAUCAGCCAGAGGACAGGGGAGGCGGUGCUGCAGAGGGAGCCUAGCCCGGUGUGGGUGUGGGCAUCCUGA